GCAGGGGGCGGCCCCCGGCAAUGGCUCGGCUAUCGAUGACUCGGCGCUCGCGGAAGGCGGCGGCUCGGCGCGUCGGCGCUCGGCCAUGGCGGGCUUCAUCGACUUCGCGAACGAGGAGGAGGUGCGGAGCUACCUGGAGAACCUGCACGUCGAGUACAGCUACCAGUGCUACAAGGAGCGGGACCCUGAGGGCUGCCAGAGCCUCGCCGACUACCUGGAGGCCGUGAAGAAGGACUUCGCGGCGGCGGCGCGGGUGCUGCGCCACAACUGCGAGGUGCACGGGCACGGCGAGAGCUGCUACAAGCUGGGGGCCUACCAGGCCAUCGGCAAAGGUGGACUCGACCUAGACUUGAAAGCUGCCUACAACUCUUUUAUGAAGUCAUGUGAGAAAGGUGGGAAGAAGUCAGUGAAUGCCUGUCACAACGUUGGGCUCUUGGCCCAUGAUGGCAGAGUAAAUGAUGAUAAACCCGACCCUGUUGUCGCUAGAGACUAUUACACAAAAGCCUGUGAUGGCAAUUUUGCUCCUAGCUGCUUCAACCUCAGUGUAAUAUACCUGCAAGGAGCACCUGGGGUCCCUAAGGACAUGAAUCAUGCCUUGAAGUACUCACUGAAAGGGUGUGAGCUGGGUCACAUGUGGGCUUGUGCCAAUGCCAGUCGCAUGUACAAACUGGGCGAUGGCAUUGAGAGGAACGAUGCUAAGGCAGAGGAUCUGAAAGAGAGGGCAAAACAGCUGCAUAAAGAACAGAAAGAAGCCUCAAGUUCUUUAACGUUUGGGGAAUAAAACUGUCAGUUGCAGUUAAGACUGCAAUUCUAGAUGGCAAGAGAACUUGUUAUUUAAGUUGUGAGCAUACCAUUUUCAUUCAUAAUAAAUAAAUAUCCUGUAUUUGCAUAUGCAAAUAAACUUCUAUUUUUGUGGAUGCAACAAA